AUGUGGCCACUCAAAGAGUCCGCUCAUUUACGCAUCCCACUACAAGAGGUUAGAUUGGCCACCCAAAACUUUAAUGUUAAACAUCUCAUUGACAGCGGUGGAUAUGGUCAUGUUUACAAAGGGCAAGUGUUGCACCACCGACAAUUGAUCGAUGUUGAUAUAAAAAGGUUUGAUCGGAUGUUUGGGCUAGAAGAGAAAAAGUUCUUGACCGAAAUUUCAAUGCUUUCUAGUCUCAAGCAUCUAAAUAAUAUUGUCUCUAUUGUUGGGUUUUGUGCCGAGGCUUACGAGAAGAUCAUCGUUACCGAGGUUGAAGUCAAUGGAAGUCUUAACGACAAUCUAAAAAACCUAAACCUUACAUGGUUGCAAAGAUUACACAUAUGUAUUGGUGUGGCCAGGGCUUUGACGUACAUCCAUUGUGAUACAAGUCACGGUUAUUAUGUCAUACACCGAGACGUUAAGAGCUCUAAUGUUAUGUUAGAUGGAAAGUGGGAUGCCAAGCUAUCUGGUUUUGGACUUUCGAUUAAAGUUCCUGCAACUCGGAGACAUGACCUUGUUUUCGAUGAACCUGUUGGCACAAUGGGCUAUGUAGACCCAGUUUAUGUAAAAACCGGAAUUGUGACGCCCAAAACUGAUGUUUACUCUUUUGGUGUUGUAUUGUUUGAAGUCCUUUCCGGGAGACGAGCAUAUGCUAAAGACGGCGCAGGUAGAUAUCUAGCUUCAGUGGCAACGAGCCACUAUGAAGAGGGAAAGUUGGAUGAGAUCAUUGAUCCUCAUAUAAGGAAUCAAAUGCACCCACAAUCAUUUAAAAUCUUCUCUGACACAGCCUAUGAUUGCUUGAAGAAAGACCGAGAACAACGACCGGAUAUGGAGAAGGUUGCCAAAAGACUUGAGAACGCCUGGGAACUUCAAUGGAAACAUGAAAAUCCGGCAAAGUUACAACCUCCAGCUUUUGGUACGUCGCCCAACCACGUCAAGCAACCCCUAAUGGACGAUGAAAAUGAAGGAACGUCAUCCAAUCGUCUCAAGAUCAUCCCAUAUAUGUCAUCACUCGAAGAAUUAGCUCAUUUACGCAUCCCACUACAAGAGAUUAUAUCGGCUACCCAAAACUUUGCUGUUAAUCGGCGUAUCGUUGACCAAGGUGGAUUUGGUUAUGUUUAUAAAGGAAAACUGUCGCGGCACGGACAACUGAUCGAUGUUGAUAUAAAAAGGUUAAAUCAGAUGUUUGGGCAAGGAAAGAAAGAGUUUUGGACCGAAAUUGCACUGCUUUCUAGUCUCAAGCAUACAAAUGUUGUCUCUAUUGUUGGGUUUUGUGAUGAGGCUAACGAGAAGAUCAUCGUUACCAAGCUUGAAGUCAAUGGAAGUCUUGAAAACAAUCUAACAAACCCAAACCUCACUUGGUUGCAAAGAUUACACAUAUGUAUUGGUGCGGCCAGGGCUUCGACUUACAUCCAUUGUGAUACAAGUCGCGGUUAUGAUGUCAUACACCGCGACGUAAAGAGCUCUAAAGUUUUGUUAGAUGAAAACUGGGAUGCCAAGGUAUCUGGUUUUGGACUUUCGGUAAAAGUUCCUGCAACUCGGAGACAUGACCUUGUUAUCGAUCAUCCUGCUGGCACAAUAGGCUAUGCAGACCCAUCCUCUCGGGGAGACGAGCAUAUGUUAUAG